UCCCAAGCUCUCUCCACUCAGAAACGAGUCCCUGGGCUCCUUGCACAUUAAUUGGUCUUAAUUAGGUUGUGGGAAGGAGCUUCUUUAAAUUCCUCAGAAAAUAAGACGUGUCAUCCUCUUAACAUCUUAACAUCUGUUCCUCUCGCCCUCUGCUGCCUUCCCCCCUCCUUUCCUCUCUUACAAUUGGCCAUGGUAGGGCACUGAAGGACACGCUUCUAUCCCCUCCAGAGGCCCAUCCUUGCCCAGCCCCUGCUAAGGAGCCUCGACUCCAGAGCAAUGAAACAUGGCCAGCAGUUCCCUGCCUCCUUGGUCCUGGCACUGGUGCAGGUUUGCUUGGCCCAGGCGAAUUUUGCUCCUUAUUUCUUCGACAAUGGAGCCAGCAGCACAAAUGGAAAUAUGGCCCUUUUCAGCCUUUCGGAGGACACCCCUGUGGGCUCUCAUGUGUACACAUUGAAUGGAACUGACCCGGAAGGAGACUUUGUCACCUAUGGCAUUAGCUUUGAGUCCAAUUCAAGAAAUUUCUUUUCCAUCGAUCCAAACUUUGGAAAUAUUACAUUGAUUGAGGAGUUGGACAGAGAGAGAGAAGAUGAAAUUGAAGCCAUCAUCAGCAUUUCCGAUGGCCUGAAUAAAGUGGUAGAGAAAGUCCUGAUUCUGGUGACUGAUGCCAAUGAUGAAGCCCCACAGUUCAUUAAUACACCCUACAUCGUCCUUGUUCCUGAAGACACACCUGCAGGGAGCAGCAUCUUUAAGGUUCAAGCUGUGGACAAGGAUACAGGAUCUGGAGGAAGCGUCACCUAUUUUCUACAGAAUCUCCUUACCAACAAGUUCACAAUGGACCGCCACAGUGGAGUGCUGCGCAUUAGAGCUGGAGCCACUCUGGACUACGAGAAGUCAAGGACUCAUUUCGUCACUGUUGUGGCCAGGGAUGGUGGAGGGAAGCUCAGAGGAGAUUAUGUGAUAUUCUCAACCACCGCUACCAUCACCAUCAAUGUGGAUGACGCUCAGGACACAGACCCUGUCUUUGUUGGCACACCCUAUUAUGGCUAUGUCUAUGAGGAUUCCCGUCCGGAUUCGGAGAUUCUGACAGUGGUUGCCGUAGAUGGUGAUCGGGGUAAUCCUAACAUGGUGCUCUACAGUAUUGUGAAUGGGAGUGAUGAAGCCUUCAGGAUCAAUGAGACCUCAGGAGGCAUCUCUGUUACAGUGCCCCCCAACCAGCUCAAGAAGGAAGUGUAUGAGCUGAAAGUUCAGGUGUCGGAGGUCAGUUCCAAAGGGAUCCUGGCAGCUCAGGCUUUAACUACUGUAAUCAUCAGGGUAGUCGACCUCAACAACCAUCCUCCAACGUUCUAUGGGGAGAAUGGACUCCAGAAUGCGUUUGAGCUGACAAUGUAUGAACAUCCAUCUGAGGGGGAGAUUCUUCGGGGUCUCAAGAUUACAGUCAAUGACUCUGAUCAGGGAGCAAAUGCCAAGUUCAACCUGAGGCUUAUGGGGGCUGGGGGCAUCUUCCGGGUAGUUCCCCAGACUGUCUUGAAUGAAGCUCAGGUCACUAUCAUCGUGGAAAAUUCAGCUGCCAUUGACUUUGAGAAGUUCAAGCUGUUAACCUUCAAGCUCCUGGCAGUGGAAGUGAACACUCCCGAGAAAUUCAGCUCCACAGCAGACAUCAUGAUCCACCUGCUGGACACCAAUGACAACGUUCCCAAGUUUUCCUCUGACUACUACAUUGCCCGGAUCCCAGAGAAUUCUCCUGGAGGGUCGAAUGUGGUGGCUGUCACAGCAAUGGAUCCAGAUUCAGGACUAUGGGGUGAAGUCAAAUACUCCAUUUAUGGGGCAGGAGCAGAGCUAUUCCUGAUCCACCCAUCUGCAGGAAUCAUUUAUACUCAGCCCUGGGCUGUCCUGGAUGCUGAAGUCACUUCCAAGUACAACUUCUAUGUUAAGGCAGAAGAUACAGAGGGCAAGUACAGCCUUGCUGAAGUGUUCGUCACAGUGCUUGACGUCAAUGACCAUUCCCCAGAGUUUGAUGAAAACAUUCAGGAGAAGACAAUGAUCCUAGGAACCCCAGUAAAAAUUGAGGCUACAGACCAUGAUGCAGAAGAGCCAAAUAAUGUCGUAGACUAUUCCAUAAUGCAGGCAGAACCUGCCAAUGUGUUUGACAUCAAUGAAAGCACGGGUGAGAUCCGACUGAAGGCCUUUGUUCACUCACUGGACAUCAUCCACAACAUCACCAAGAACAGAGACUGCACCUGGUCUGUGCUGGUGCAGGCCAAGGACCGAGGCUCCCCAUCCUUCAGUACCACAGCUGUGCUAAAGAUUGAUAUCCUAGAUGAGACCCUGAAUAGAGGUCCCAUGGCUGCAUUUCUGAUGCAAACUAAAGAUAACCCCAUGAAAGCCAUAGGUGUGCUGGCUGGAGUCAUAGCCAUUAUGGUGGUCAUUACCGUUUUCAUCUCCACUGCCAUGUUUUGGCGCAACAAGAAAUCCAACAAGAUUUUACCAGUCCGGCGGGUGAUCCGAAAGCGACCGAGCCCGCCAUCCCGUUCCAUCAGGGCAGAAUGGCUCAAAUUCAAGAGGUCUCAUACAGGAGACAAGUUUGCCGUCAAGGAUGAGCUACCCAAUGAGAACCAUAACAACAACAGCUCGAUGUUCACCCCUCCUCCUGAUGCACCAGCCCCGCCCCCUCCACCUAUCACCAUCCCUAAGAUCAGCCCCAAGGAAUGGACAGUGCCCACAGUCUCAGGCUCACUGACUCCCAAGCAUACCAGUAGGCUGGUGAAACAAAACUUGGAAAGACCAGUCCAAUCUGCUCUCGUUUCUGAGCUCAAGCUGAAAUUUGAAAAGAGGGCUGCAAAUAAUAAACCUUAUGUCUGAGAAACCUACCAUAGACACUCCCAAGGCUAUCACUCCAUUAUCCUUGUCCCUGAUGACUUAGAACCAGCUGAAAGCAAUUCAGCUGCACAGUCACUCACUUUUUUGUACAAGUAUUUAUUGUUCAUUUGCAUGGAUUCUCUGCCAAUUUCCCUUUCCAUUUAGCAGUGGAAAUCAUUUCUGCAGUGGCCCAGAAUGUAGGUAACAAUCAUUAGAUCAUAGUCUGACCACAUGCACUUACCUUCUCUCCCCUGAAACUUCAACAAAUGUUCCAUUGUGAACAAAGUGUUCAUUUGCUAACUGGUGUUCGAGUUGCCAUUGGAUGGAGUUGCCUAGGUUUUCUUCUUCCUAUUCUCAUCCCUAGAAAAACUAAAGCUCAUUUGGCCAUUAUUUCUGAACAUCCUGACCCAAAAGAACUUAAAUGUAUGCACAGGACUCCUGCCAGAUGUGAUGAGACAUCGAAAAUGCGAAGCCAGCUUAGGCUGUUAUCAUUGAAUAAACUCCAAAUACUGGAAAUUCCUUGAUAAAACAUGUUAGAGGCUGGAGAGUAGACAGAUCUUUAUCUGAGCUUUUCCUGGCUUCCCUCAGAUCAACACCAGAUAAAGGCACUGAAUAGAUUUUGGAGUGACAGAACCCACAAAUAUUUGGAAUGGAACAAAUUUCCAGUAGAAGAUAUUUUGGAAGUACUCCAUGAAAGGUCUGUCUCAACCAGUCAUGGGGAAAGGGGGUGUUGCAACCCAGCAAAGAUGCAGGGUAGCACAAGGAGACCUAUAGCAGAGUAUCCUUCACAUGCAGAGGAAUCUAGUGGGAGCCUCUUAGCAAAAAUACAGCAGCAUUGACUCCUAUGUCAUGGUUCAGAAGCCAGUGGAUCAGCAGACUAGCUGUGAGACUUCCAGCACCAAAACAGAAGGCAAAUAGUGAGCCUCUGAACUCCAGCAUAAUAUGCCAUGCCCACCUAGCAUGGGAAGGAAGCUGGCAGCAUCAGCUCUAGCUGUGUGAAACCACUGUCUCCUGUAGAGGAAGUUUGGGACAAUCUCCCCUUUGCCCUAGGAACAGUCCUCAACCUUUAAAAAUGAGCAAAAAAUCAAAAAGAGCUCUGGCCAUAGAUAGAUUUUAUGGAGACAGGGAAGAACAGACUUUGCCUUGAUGGCAAUGUUCUGAGAACAUUAAAGGCAAACUAUCUCCAGAUGAAACCUCAAAGAGUGAUAUAAGUUGGUGUCCAUCUCAUAAGACUCUCUUGGAAGAAUUCAAAAAUGAUCUUAAAAGAGAGGUAGAAGAAAGUGGAGAAAGGAACUGAGAGCUCUGGAAAAGGAAACACAGAAAUUGUUUGAAGAAAAUCACUCCUUAAAGAAUAGUUUUGGCAAAAUAGGAAAAAAAAACAAUUCUGGAAAACAAAAUUUCCAAAAUGGAAAAAAAAUCCAAUGAACAAAACAACUAAUUUUAAAGUUCAAUUAGCCAAAUGCAAAAGAGUUUUUAAAAAGAUAACUGAAGAAAAUAGUUCACUAAAAAUUAGAAUUGAACAAAUGGAAACUAAUGACUCAAUACAGCAUCAAGAAUCAGUGAAACAAACCCCACCAAAGAAUGAAAAAAAAAUAGAAGAAAAUGUAAAACACCUCAUCCAAGGUGACAGGGAGGGUAGGAAUAAUGUUCAGUCUUGACCUAAGUAAAGCAAAUUCAAAGAACUGUUAGGAAAGCAAAGACAAAGGGAGGUCAAAGGUGAUCUAAAAAUACUCAUUCAACUAUAGGAGGAGAAAAUAUGUUGUCUGUCUUUAAGGUGAAAAAUUGAUAGAUUAUGCUUUCAUCUUUAGUACCUUCAGGAUUUGGAAUGGAAAAAAAAAAAAAAAACAUAAACUGAACUUUCCCAUUGGUGGAAGCAGAUACUUAAGUAUGUAAGCCCACUGGGGGAAUAGCACAUUAGUAUCUGACUAUGAUCCAGGAACUACAAAUGGUGCCCAAGUUCAAAUUCAUCCAAUUGAACCAUAUACAUCUGCAUAUACCACAAUGCUAUACAAACCCACAAGUAUUCUAAGCUUCUCCUCUCUCCAUGGAGCUCUAGUGUGGUAAUCCCUUAAAGAGAAGCAAAGUAUGGUAGAAAUAACAUUGGACUAAGCCUAAAGGGAUCUGGAAGAAUUAGAUCCUGCUAGUAUUCUGCAGAAUAUUCUUGAUUCUGCCGUAUGACUUUGGAUCAAUCACUUAAUUGCUCUGUGUUCCAAUAGUUUUAGUAAAAGUAGUCAGCCUAAUUCACAGAAUUGGGAGGAUCAGAUGAAUUACUAAUUAAUGGGAACAUGCUUUGAAAACUACAAGGCAUUCUGCAAAUCUAAAGUGGCAAAAAUAGUCUGAGAUUUAAAAGACUUAUAUUUAAACCCUGGGACAGUUACCAACUUUAUUAACCUAAGCAAGAUAGUUAUCCUCUGAACCUCAAUUUUCUCAUCUAUAAAAUUGGUGUACAUCUUGCUUUACCUAUUUCACAGAGUUGUCAUGAAGAAAGUGCUUUGUAAACCUUAAAGUAUCAUAUAAAUAGGAAUGAUCAUUAUUAGUAAGAUUCAUUCAUUGGAACACAGUUGUUCCACAAAGUAUUGAGUUUUCCUUGCCUCUCAUGAGUUUGCCACAGAAUCACAAUGUUUGUGUGAAGUCAAGUUUUAGGAGUUUUUCCCUUAAUAGAGUCACUCUCUUGCACAACAACUCUGCUGCUCAGCCAAACACUUAUUUCAGUGUUAAAAAGGGAACAGCCAAGUAAGUAACAGAAAUUUCAGAAAUAAGAAAUCAAGUGACAGAAUAUUCCAAUAGACACCCUUUCUCCCUUGCUUUCAGAUGGCUGUGUCCAUAGAAUCACAGAAUAUUAAAGACAGAAUGGUUCCUUAAAACUCAUCUAGUUCAAUAGCUUUAUUCUAUUUAUGAAAAAAUUGAGACCUAGAAAUAUGAGGUGAUUUAUUCAGAAUCCCAUAAGAUAGCUAAUGGCAGGUCCAACACAAUAAAUCAGAUUUCUUGAGUCUUGACUUUUCCCACAACACUUUAUAUAAAACUCAGCUUGGGCAUAUGCUUAAAAUAGACAUUUUAAAUUUUUUUGUCUUGUGACUCCUUUUCCCUCACAUUUUUUAUUACCCUAAAUACAUAAAUAUAUAAAAUAGGUAUAUAAAUCAAAAGUUUACUGGUAAAAUAUCAUAAUUUCAUUACCCCCACAUUCAGUUAUAAGACCCCAUGUGGAAUUGCGAUCUACAAUUUAAAAAGCUGGGUCUUAAAGGUUUGACAGUACUUCCCUAAGAAUAGGAAAGAAGGUAUCAUAUCCUAUAUAGAUGGGAUUUCCUUUAAGCAAAUCCAUUCUAAAGAAAGCCAGGGAUACAUACCAAGAAGAAAUGGGGAGAGUUUCUUGAUUAUUUCAGUACCAAUUCCAUUUCAGAUGAUUUUAUUUAUUAAAAUUUGACUUACACAUAACUUGUCUUUGAAUAAGUGUAUCUAUAGAAUGCGUUCCAUUAAUAACCUGAAGCACAGAUAUGCUGCCUGAUCCCCAGACUCCAUAUAGAGUUUUUCUUCAAAUAAAUAGCACUGCAAUUAUUUAAGGUCAAGGAUUAUAUUUAGCAAUUUGAGAACAGAGGAAAGACCAGAAGAACAAAUGAAAUUAAGCAGAAGGAAAGGGUGACAGUCCAACAAAUAUUAGGGUGGGGUAGUUUCGUUUUAUAUGAUUAAUAUUUGGGGACUUUUUUUCAUUGAAUGUUCCCAUUCCUAUCAAAUUGUAUUUCAUUUUUUGUAAUUAUGAAUAAAACCCUUUAAAUCAAA